AUGUGGUUGGCCAUGAAAAGCUGCAACUUAUUUAUUUUUCUUUUCCAUCUGAUUGGAAGUUUACUGUCCAGGUUUGGCGUUACUUUAGCAUGGCAUGAUUUGGAUAACACAGAAUACGACUGUUGGCCUUUGGAAAAACCUGAUGAUGUUAACAUGAUAGAUUGUGGAGGUCUUGAGAUGUCAUGGGUGCAUAGGCCUCCCGAGAAAGCAUUCAGUGGGGAAACAUUUGAUGUCACCUACUCAGUUUCUGCAUCCGAUGAGUUUUAUCACUUUGCAGUCAGAAAUAGGAUCCUUUCUCAGAGUGAUGCUGCAUCAGCUAAAAGGUUUUGUGAGCUACAGGAGUGUCCAUCCAACUGGAAAGAUGCAAAUGAAGAGAAUUGUUGUGUGCACCAUGCAAAUAUCCACUCCUGCCCACUGCCCUUCAUGAGUAAAGGAGGAAUAUGUGGCCCUUGGAUCCCAGAUGAUGGUCAGAUUUUCACUCACACCAUAUCUACUUCUGGGAAGAUGACCCAAGGGAACUGGAGUGCAAAGGUUGUCUUAUUUCAUGUUGGUUUAACAUCGUUGAUUGCCCAUAUCCGAGUAGGCAAAAUGCAGGUGGCAUUGGAGGCAAAAACCUUGGUACUACCAGUAGAAGAUUAUCCCAUGUCCCGGAACAUAACAGGAAGCACUAUCAGCACAGGCAACUGUGCCAGCUAUUCUAACACCAGCCAUAUCACUGCUCUGAGCUCCUGCCCAGCUGCUGUCAACACACCCAGAAAGCAAUUCUUCACUCACACGGGCCGAUAUGAUGGCAGAAUUGUGGCGAUUAAGAAAAUCCAAAAGAAAUCAUUCACUGUUUCUGCCACAAUACGCAAAGAAGUGAAGCAGAUAAGAGAACUUGACCACCCCAAUCUAUGCAAAUUUAUUGGUGGUUGCACUGACGUUCCCAAUGUGGCUAUUAUCACCGAGUACUGUAAUAAAGGGAGUUUGAAUGAUGUUCUACUGAACGAAGAUAUCCCUCUGAACUGGGGCUUCAGGUUUUCAUUUGCUAAUGACAUAGCACAAGGUAUGGCAUAUCUCCAUCAACAUAAAAUGUACUAUCCACGUCUUAAAUCUACAAACUGUGUCAUUGACGAUCGCUGGGUUUGUAAAAUUACAGAUUAUGGUUUAGAUUCUUACCGCAAGUUUGAUUCCUGUGAUAAUUCUAAGACCCACCACAAUCUCCUCAAUGAAGUGUAUUUGACUCCUGAGGGACAGACCAUAUCCAGUCCAGAAAAUUCGACAGCAGCUGAUAUGUAUCGCUAUGCCAUUAUUUUACUUGAAAUAGCAACCAGAAGUGAUCCUUUUCCGAAAGAGGACUCUGAACACUGCUGCCUGCCUUUGUCAGAGUUAAUCAAAGAGAAAUCAGAAAAUGGCUGCCCAUGUCCAUCAGAAUAUGUAGAUCUUAUCAGAAAGUGCCGAAGCCAAAACCCAGCUCACAGGCCUACAUUUGAGCAGGUUAAGAAACAACUGCACAAGAUGAAUCCUAACAAAGUCAGUCCUGUGGAUGUGAUGAUGACACUGAUGGAAAAAUAUAGCAAACAUCUGGAACUAUUGGUAGCAGAACGCACACAAGAUCUAAUGCAUGAAAAGCAGAAGACGGAUCAAUUAUUAUAUAGUAUGCUUCCAAAACAAGUUGCGGAUGAUCUAAGACAGGGAAAGACUUCACAAGCCCAAAGUUAUGUCAGCGCAAGUAUAUUUUUCAGUGACAUUGUUGGGUUUACCCAUUUGUCCAGCACCAGUACACCUUACCAAGUAGUGGAUUUCCUCAACAAACUAUACACAACAUUUGAUGAAAUCAUCGACAACUAUGAUGUCUAUAAAGUGGAAACAAUAGGUGAUGCCUAUAUGGUUGUUUCUGGUGUUCCCCAAAAAAAUGGAAUCACACAUGCCAGUGAAAUUGCAAGCAUGGCAUUAGAUCUAGUUGCUGUCUGCAAGACAUUUCGAAUUCCACACAAGCCUAACACACAGUUAAGAAUCCGAGCUGGGAUCCAUUCAGGACCAGUAGUUGCUGGGGUUGUUGGAACCAAAAUGCCUCGGUACUGUUUGUUUGGAGACACAGUGAACACAGCUUCAAGAAUGGAAUCGACAAGUGAAGCACUAAAAAUCCAGUGUAGCUCCAGUACUCAUGAUCUCCUGAAACAAAUUGGUGGUUACGUUUUUGUAUGUCGUGGGUCACUGCAAGUUAAGGGGAAAGGAGAUAUGGUGACAUAUUGGCUAGAAGGAAAAACUGCUACAAUAACAAAGAAAGCUAGUACAAACUCUUCUGCAGUCAUUCAAGAAAAGGAAAGAGAGUCAUUCAAUCUGAUACCAGGUGUGCUCUCCACCGAUGCAUUAUCAACAUUAUUCUGAAGGACAGCUGCCAAGUGCAUUAACAUCAGUCAUUACUAUUAAUAGUGUGCCUUCUUUGGCACAGCACCCUAUCCAGAAGAUCUUCAAAGGGUUGCAAUGGAUUUUGUCUAUGGUUCAUAGUCAGAGCCCCAAAUAUGAUGUUCAUGGCACCACUUCUAUUUGGAGCAUUGAGAAGGAACAAGGAUAAUAAACUGUUCUAAAUCACUAUUUCAAGAACAGCCUUGUACAGUUUCCUUUUACUCACAGAAGCAGCAAAGAGAUAUGAAUGACAUUUGGAGAGUAAGUUUGCUGAAGAUAUCAGCAUCCCAUCAAAGAGACAAAUUCAGCUGUCUAACUAAGACAUCUAGUUUUUCUAAUGUAGCAUUCCUCUACACUUCCUUCUCAAAUGUCUGUGAAAAGUAGAUCUUAGAACAAAAGAUAAAUACGGCAGUGACAAAGUAAUUUGUUUGAUACAUAAAUUGUCAGUGUCUCUGAUGUUG